AUGAUGAAGCUGUCACGCCCCGUGCACGCGACGAUGCUGAUGCUGCUCCUGCUGCUCGCUUGCCACCGUUUCCAGCUCUCCGACUGCGCCAAACCAUCGUCUCCGCGGGAGAAAGCCGCGGUGUUACCCUCUGCUCACCGCCAUGACGCCGAGGACGACGCGCACCUGCCCAGCAUGGAGACGACGGUCGGAGACGUCGUCGGGAGCUCGAGGACGACCAACGAUGCUGCUGGCCUCGCGGCACCGUCGUCGGACGCGACACCUGUGCAGGGCCUAGGUGUGCAGGGCAAGGAGGAGGAAGGCGUUGGGUCGGGGCCGUGGCAGCAGCAGAGGACCGGAGCUAUCCGGACUGCGCUGCUGCUGCGCUCGAGGUUGCCGAGGCGGUUUCUUGCAGCUGCAUCAGGAGUGGAAUCAGGCACGGACGGAGCCGGGCUGUCGUGCCACUCGCACGAUGUGCACGUAAACUGCCCGCCACCGUCGAAGCGUUAG